UUGCACUGCAGUCUUGGAUGAUUUACUUUACUGUUUCAAUUUUAACUAAUAUUCACAAAUUAAAUUUAAAUAAAAUGUACUUGCUAAAUAUUUGUAUUUUGGCAAUCAAUAUUUUCAGUUGUUAUUUAAAUGUGCACCAAUUAUUUGCGACUAGACUUAGAUAAUAUGGAUGUCCAAAGAACCAUAAACAAGUUCAAAUUUGGUAAUUAAACGCUAAACUUAAUAGUCCCCAUGCCUGGUCUUCUUGCAUAACUCGUAAGUCCUGCCAUACUAAGUUGUGCACCACAUUUGGAACUUCAUGGCCUUCAAAAAUUGUUUCUAUACUUACAGAAACACAUUAGGAUCUUUCUAAAUGAAACAAUGAAUGAAAUAAUAACUUCUCUUUGGUGCAUUCUGUUUGUUGAGUAGUUCCAUUACUUGUAUCUCUAGGAAAGGUUUUGAAUCUCAAUUUUGUUUCGGUUCUUGUCUCUUAGGUAGAGUUAUGCUUUUGGCAGUUUUGACAGGUUUGGUGGUUUCAUAUUGAGAACUGGAGUUUCGAUCAAAGAACCUAGAGUGAAAUCCAAGAAUCGAGAAAUGAAGAGAAAAAUAAAAGAAAUCAAGACAAGUUACUUCAUGAUAUUUUCAUAUACUUUAAGAUAUCAAGGAUUGUAAUUUGUGUAAUUUGAUAAUCGAAAGUUGGAACUAAACUGCAUUGAUUAUUGAAGCUAAAUGCAUUAAAUAUAUCAAGGCUAGUAUGAUUAUUUCCAAAACUUCUUAUGCCAAUUGAGAUAUGAUAAAAGGAUGACCAAAUCUAAAAUAAAAAGAUCUGUAUGGCAAAAAUAGGGUAGUUUAGAUAAAAGAUUCAGCAUGCAUCUGACAACAUACUGUCUGAUCUAGCGGGACUAGAGGAAACAGAGCACGAGAGUGGAGAGAGGGAGGGAGCCAGAACCUGCAAUCUCCUUCUAUCUUCUCAUGCUCCCUCACUUUCUCCUCCUUGCCACUCUUCCUUUCCCCUUAUCAUGCCGGAUCUGGCAGGAUGUUGCCAAACAUGCCCUAAACCUCAAACAUGUGCCUGUGGAGUCAACGUACAUAAUCAAACUAAGAAAACCAAAGCCUAUGCAUUAAAGUAUGCUGCUUAGAUCAACAGUUGCAAUUUAUAAAAUAUCUUUGGAGGAAAAAAAUGACUUGGACCAGGAACCAAUCAUAAGAAAACUCUCCAGUCAAAAAGAGAUCUAUAAAGCAAUAUCAAUUACAAUUAUCAAGGAUGCACUUGCAAAUCCAUUUGCUUAGAAAGAGUAAAUUAGCUCAAAAUUUUUCAUUGAGCUAAGAAAUAAUAAUGGUGGACUAAAUCAAAAGAAAAAUCAAAUCAAGAAUUUCUGUUAUUCUACAAUCCAGCCAUUUAGAAAAUUGGCUCACUUUUAAACCAGACAUGCUCAUGUAUUUUAAGAUAUCGUAACGAGAUCAAUAGCUUAAACAAACAAAAAAAAAACAUGCUGAAGUUUUACAGGCAUGGAUGCCAAUAAGUGCAUUGAUGGUCCAAGUUGCUGCUCAGUCACCAUUUUAAUAAAGAUGUUGUACAAAAUUAUGGUCAUCUCAAGUAAAAUUUUAGGUUUAUGCAUUUAUUCUGCACAUGGGACAAGACUUUAUUUUAGAUGAAUGUGUGAUUGAAGUUAGCUGAAACUGCCUGAGAUGACUGAAACUGAAAUUUCAGAUAGUUUUGGAUUGACUUGCCUGAAUCUUGAUACCCUGCUCUAUGGCCAACCUGAUGGAUCAAUAUUCUCAUGAUUUAUCUCAUUCUUUUUGUUAUCAUAUGGUAGGCUGGAUCUUCUGUAACCCUGUCAGCCUGAUUCACACGUUUAGUCAUUGUUUGUGGAUAAUGUAUGCAUCCAUGUUCUUUUGAUAAAUUAUGACCCUUGGGAAGCUUGUAAUUAAUUUCUUAUUCUUGACAUAAUCUUUGAGUUAUUAUUUAUUUAAUUUUGUUUUGUGCCUUUUGCAUGGUUGAUCAUGUCCCAUUAUCAACCUGUUUGAGUGCAUUGAUAACCUUCCCUAAAAUUUAUCUUACAGUUAUGGUUUCAACAAAUUACUUUGGAUUUUUAUAAAAAGAAAUAUUAGCAUUCCACUAAUUUUGCCUCGCAUUUUGAAAUAGGUUACCGAUCUCCAUGUGCUUUAGCCUUUCAUGGGUUUAAAUGUGCUAUAUUAGUUGCACUUAGGUAAAUGCAAACCUUUUUUUUUUUUGAGUGAGUGAGUGUUGCGGAAAGUUCUUGCAACUAAGGAUGCCCUAUAGAUUCUUGACAAUCUUGCAGUUUUUUUUGACAGUAUAGAGUUUUUCCCAAGGUCAUGGCCUCUUAGGUAAUGCCAAGUUUGUCGGUUAUAAUUUUUGAUGGAUGUUGAAUGAUCAAGCUUGGGCUUUCUAUGUCCAUCAUGCAUGUGCUUUUUGACACUCCAAAACUAGGAAAUGAUAAAUUCUUAUCGAGUACUAUCGUAAAAUUACUCAUCUCACCUCCCAACCAGCAUCUCUUUCCCAAAAGAUUUAAAAUCGAGGCCUUAAAAAGUGUUCAAUAUAAAAUUAGAUAUGAGGUUUCUUCAUUAUUUAGGUUGACCUAAGCAGCCACUUAAGCAACUUCUUUCCUGGGUAUGAUUCUAUUGUUUACGUUGUUUGCAUGUCAUUUAAAUUGGGUGCCUAAACACUAAUUUGUAUCCGACCUUUGUUAGAUGGGUUUUCUCCCUUUCUUUUCUCCCUUUGUUUUUGAGUAGUUAUACUUGCACUAGCAAGAUGAUGUUUUCUACUCUUAGUAGCUGGAAUUUUCUACCACCUGCUUUAGAAUCUUCCCAUAAUCUUGAACUUUACCUGCUUACUAUGCACUUCCUUACUAAGAAUGUUUUUAAAAUAUCCACUUCCCCGCACAUGCAUCCACUCACGGACAAUUUUUGUCAUUAGGCUGCUCUUUGUGAGGCUCUUAACUCUUACUUUCAUUAGUUGCUUCCAUGCUCCAGCUGAUGAUCAGCCUACUACCGUGUUGUAUUGAGUUAUGCAAUGGUAUUCCUUUAAGAAAAAGGAGUUAUGCAAUGAAACAACACAUGCUAUUUUUGCCAUCUAAUUUAUAUGAUAGUUUCUUAUUGUUGUACCUGCUUUUAAUAACUAACUAGGCCAAUAUCUUAAUGAAUAUUUUCUACUUACCUAAGUUGGAAAGAGAGUGCUAUAUGCUAUGUUUCUAUUGUUGGAUUUGCUGUUGUUGUGGGAGGUGUACCUUUUGGAUUUUCCCUUAUGCAUUUGCAAAUGGCUAGUUGUUUGAAUUACAUUGCUUAUUGCAAAUGUCAAGGCUUUUGAAAGUAUUUGGGCUUUUCUUGUGCAUUUCAUGUCCAAGGGUGAUGAACACAAAGGUGGAGUAACAUGAUGGUUAAACUUAGAUAAUUUAUGUUGGGAAGUUCUGAUAUUUAGAUACGCAUAUGUUAUUGUUAUCACAUGCCUUGUUUGUGUUCCAUGCGCAGUCUUUUUCUUAUUUUUACUUUUAUUGAUUAUUAGUGAGGAAAUAAAUGGUUUGAUUUGUAGAAAGCUUUAAUGGUGGGAGAUUUUAUAGGAUGAAGAGAUUGAAUGGAAUGGUGUUUGUUCUCAUAGAGGGGUAGUUUAACAAGAGGGAAGAUAUAAAGAUGGAGGGUCCUGGAACAGAACAACAACAGCUGAAUAAAAUGGAAGUUAUAGUAUUAGAAGAACAACAAGAGCAAGAGGUGGGUAUGACCAAGGAAGGUAGGGAGGAUGAACUCAUUGAGGUGGAGGGGCAUAAAAGGGGAAGAGAUGUUCAUAUGAAGGAGCCUAAAAAGGAGCAUGAAGUAAAAAAUAAUGAGGAGCAUAAAAAGGAACAUGAAGAAGAAAAGAAGGAUAUAGAAAUGGAAGAACCUUGGAACAGUGAUGAAGAUGUAGGAAGCGACUCUUAUGAGAUGUUUGUUGAUGAUUUGGAUAGUGAGCAGGCAUCAACUUUUGACAAUGAUGAUGAAUCAAAUUCCGAGGUGCCUUUAACUGAUGCAGAAGUUGAAGAACUGAUCGCGGAGUUUCUUGAAGUUGAGAGUAAGGCAGCAGAGGCACAAGAGUCACUUGAGAAAGAGUCACUUGCCCGAGUGGAAAGUGAAGUAAGAGUGGAGCUAGCUGAGAAUCUUCUUGGGGAUGCGUUGGAAAUGGCUGUUUCAACUGAAAUGCAAACAUUCAGAGAAGAAUGGGAGGCUGUUCUUGAUGAUUUAGAGACUCAAAGUUCUCUCUUGUUGGAACAACUUGAUGGGGCAGGAAUUGAGCUUCCCAGUCUCUACAGAUGGAUUGAAAGUCAGGUUCCUAAUGGUUGUUGUACAGAAGCUUGGAAGAAAAGGGCUCAGUGGGUAGGCACUCAGGUCACAAUUGAAGUCAACGAAUCAGUCAGAGAAGCUGAAGAAUACCUUAAAUCCUGUCGACCUGUAAGGAGACAACAUGGUCGGCUGUUGGAAGAAGGUGCUAGUGGCUUUCUAGAAAGAACACUUUCCAUUAAAGAAAAGGACAAUCUUGCAGAAAAUUCUGAGAAAGAUUGGAGUAAGUUUGAUGAGCUUAUUCAAUCUCAUGGCUGCACGGAGAGUACUUCAUUUGGUAGCAAGAAUUGGGCAUAUGUUUACCGAGCCAGUACUCCCCAGCAAGCUGCCCAAUUGGGCCUCCAGUUGCCUGGAGUUGACGAGGUAGAGGAGAUCGGUGAAAUUGAGGGCAAUAUUAAUGAUCCUCUCUAUGCUGAUGCGAUUGCGAAUGAGAAAGAAAUUGAGCUUUCUGAAGAACAAAGGAGAAAGUACAGAAAGGUAAGAGAAGAGGAUGAUGUACACGUAACGAGGAAACUGCAACACCAUUUGAAGAGAAGGAGAAACAGGAAUAGUCGGGAAUCUAUUGAGAAAGAGGUCCCGGAUGGUUUUUCCCUGUCAAACGAGUGUCCUCAGCCAGUUUCUGAGAAGCCAAGCUCAUCUGAAAAUGGUGUAGCCAAUGUUGAUAAUACUGAUAUUUUUAUUCAUGAUUUGGAAUCUCAAGCUGUUAUUUCUAAUGGAAGUAAAAAUGAAAAGUUGAUGUUUAAUGGCACCUGGAAGCGUUCACGUGAAAAUGAAGAUGCUGCCAUUGACAAUAAAAGGAGUCGAACUGUUAUAAUAGACAGUGAUGAUGAAGUUCAAGAGUUGAACAGCAAAUCUGCUUCUCAUGCACCAAGCAAGGAGCAAGAUUCACCUUUGCAUGUUAAGAAAGAGGUUGACAUUAUAGAUGUUGAUGGCCUUCCUUCACCUUGUCCAAAAGACAUUUCCAGAAAUUUUCGCUGUACUGCUUGUUCUAAUGUAUUGAAAGCUUCUGAAGUGCACAGGCAUCCACUCUUGGAUGUCAUUAUAUGUGGUAAUUGCAAAUUUCUGGUGGUGGAGAAGACGCGACUUGAGGAUUCUGUGUUGGGUGGUUACUGCAGAUGGUGUGGAAAAGGUGAUGAUGUUAUAAAUUGCAACUCAUGUAAGAUUCUAUUCUGUGGUGCAUGUAUAGCCAGAAAUUUUGGUGAAGAGCGCUUAUCGGAAGCUAAAACCUCUGGUUGGCAGUGCUGUUGCUGCUCACCAACUCUGUUGCAUGGAUUUAUUUUAGAUUGUGAAAAAGCCAUUGGAGGUCUGGUGGUUUCUAGCUCAGGUAGUGAUUCAGAGUUAUCCAAUGCUCAAAUGGAUGUUACAAUCAGCAACAGGAAAAGACAAAAAAAGAAGAUUCGGAGAAUCCUAGAUGAUGCAGAACUUGGAGAAGAAACCAAGCUAAAAAUUGCAAUGGAGAAGGCUAGGCAAGAGCAUCUGAAAUCAAUGCAAGCACAAUCUGCUGGCAAAUUAUGUCGUAAGAGUCCAGCCUAUGUUAAUGGUGAUGCAACAGAAGUUGCCAUGGGUGAUGCAGAUGAAGGCUUUAUAGUGAAUGUAGCCAGGGAGAAAGAUGAGGAACUAGUGAGGAUUCCAAGGAGUAUUUCUGCAAAGUUGAAGCCCCAUCAGGUUACAGGAAUACGAUUCAUGUGGGAGAAUAUUAUACAGUCUGUCAAAAAGGUCAGAUCUGGGGAUAAAGGUUUUGGGUGCAUAUUAGCCCAUACCAUGGGCCUUGGGAAAACUUUUCAGGUCAUUGCUUUUCUGUACACUGCUAUGAGAACUGCUGAUUUAGGAUUAAAAACUGCACUUGUAGUUACACCUGUUAAUGUACUUCAUAACUGGCGGCAAGAGUUUGUGAAGUGGAAACCUGUGGAAAGAAAGCCUCUUCGUGUGUACAUGUUGGAAGAUGUUACCAGGGAGAAAAGAGCCUAUUUGCUUUCAAAAUGGAGAAUCAAAGGUGGAGUUCUUCUAAUAGGCUAUGCUGCUUUCCGAAACUUGUCACUUGGAAGGCAUGUGAAGGAUAGGCACAUGGCCAGUGAAAUUUGCAAUGCAUUGCAUUAUGGACCUGAUAUACUAGUUUGUGAUGAGGCCCAUAUGAUCAAGAAUACGAGAGCUGAUAUCACCCACGCUUUGAAACAAGUAAAGACACAAAGAAGAAUAGCAUUAACUGGAUCACCCUUGCAGAACAAUUUGAUGGAGUAUUAUUGCAUGGUUGAUUUUGUAAGGGAAGGAUAUCUGGGAAGUAGUCAGGAAUUUCGAAACCGGUUCCAAAACCCCAUAGAAAAUGGGCAGCAUACAAAUUCUACUUUGGAUGAUGUAAAGACUAUGAACCAAAGAUCACAUAUUUUAUACGAACAACUUAAAGGAUUUGUCCAGAGGAUGGACAUGAAUGUGGUGAAGAAUGACCUCCCUCCCAAAACUGUUUAUGUCAUCACUGUUAAGCUUUCUCCAUUGCAGAGGAAGUUGUACAAAAAAUUUUUAGAUGUGCAUGGGUUUGCUAGUGACAAAGUUUCUUCUGAGAAAACAAUUAGGCGGAGUUGCUUCUUUGCUGGUUAUCAGGCGCUGGCUCAGAUAUGGAACCAUCCUGGUCUCUUGCAAAUGGCCAAAGAACAUAGGGAUUCCUUGAGACGGGAAGAUGCUGUUGAGAACUUUCUUGUGGAUGACAGCUCUAGUGAUGAUAACAUGGAAACUGACUUAACAAAUGGAGAGAAGCAGAGGAUGAAGAAUGAUUCGUUGAAUAAGAAAAGUGAUACUAUUUUUUAUCAUGAGGAAAGUGACUGGUGGGAGCAUCUUCUAGACGAAAAGAUAUACAGGGAAGUUGAUUACAGUGGUAAAAUGGUUUUACUACUUGAUAUCCUCUCCAUGAGUUCUGAGUUUGGUGAUAAGGCAUUAGUUUUUAGCCAAAGCUUGACAACUCUAGAUUUGAUAGAGUUGUUUCUAUCAAAAUUACCAAGGAAAGGAAGAGAAGGCAAGUACUGGAAGCAAGGCAAGGAUUGGUAUAGGCUAGAUGGAAGCACACAGUGUUCCGAAAGGCAGAAGCUUGUGGAGAGAUUUAAUGAGCCCACGAAUACAAGGGUGAAAUGUACGCUGAUAUCAACGCGGGCUGGAUCGCUGGGCAUCAACCUUCAUGCUGCUAACCGUGUUAUUGUUGUUGAUGGUUCAUGGAAUCCAACCUAUGACCUUCAGGCUAUAUAUCGGGUUUGGAGAUAUGGGCAAAACAAACCUGUCUAUGCUUACCGUUUAAUGGCACAUGGAACCAUGGAAGAAAAGAUAUAUAAACGGCAGGUGACAAAGGAAGGGCUUGCUGCAAGGGUGGUGGAUAGACAACAAAUACAUAGAACCAUGUCCAAGGAAGAGAUAUUGCACCUUUUUGACUUUGGCGAAGAUGAAAAUUCUGACAUGCUUGAACAGAAACAAGAAAAUCAAGUUUUACCCAAUAAGGAUACAAGUGGUGAAAUUGGAUGUUCAUGGGGACAGAAAUCCUUGCCUCUUUGUCAUGGAGCUAGCUGUACUGACAAGAUCAUGGAAAGCAUCUUUAGUAGACAUUAUCCUCGCUGGAUUGCAAACUACCAUGAACAUGAGACCCUUUUACAAGAGAAUGAAGCAGAGAGGCUAUCAAAAGAGGAGCAAGACAUAGCCUGGCAGACUUAUCAAAGAUCAUUGGAGUGGGAAGAGGUACACAGGACAGUUUUUGAUGAUUCUGAGAGAAAACUAGUUGCAGAUGAUCCUGUCAAGAAAAAACUAGUUGCAGAUGAUGCUCUUCCAGAGAGCAGUGUUCCUCAACAAACAAAGGGCAGCUCAAGAAGCCGCUCCGUUAACCAAAGAAAGUGUACCAACCUGGCUCAUUUGCUAACAUUGAGAAGCCAAGGCACUAAAUCCGGCUGCAGCACCAUCUGCGGAGAAUGUGCACAGGAGAUCAGCUGGGAGAACCUUAACAGAGAUGGGAAGUCUAGGUGAGGUUGUACACUGUUCAUGUGUAUGUAUUCUGCAUUUUUUUUUCUUUUUGUAAAUUCAGAGCGGCAUAUAGUGGAGUUUAAUUUUUAAAGGUUCAUUCAUAGUUAAGAGACAAAAUUUAAAAGGUGGUUUAAUUAAUGUAUACUUUGUUAAUAAAUCACAUUGUGGUCUUGACAGCAUCAUCUAACCCAUAAGUUUUCCUUGAGAA